AGGUUUCAACUCAAAAAAAUUGUUCCAUAGAUAAAAAGGAAAGCGAGCCCCAAAGUUAAACACUUGCCGUAUAAAAUCGGCUCAGGCUUCCGUUGUCUUUCACGAGCAGCGUGCAGUUUGGCGGGAAGAAACCGUACGAAAACCGCGCAUAAACCCAGAGAAAUCACAGCAGAAGAUAUGGGGGACACAAUCCGCUCCACAGAAGUCGUCGUCGACGGCGCCGCUGCCAACGCCGGAGUCUGCAUCGAAGCUGGCGGCGGCGAUGGCGAAAGUGGCGCAGAUUUGGUGGACGGAAACAGCGGUGGAAGCAGCAGCAGCCAAGGAAGCAAGGGCUCAGGGGACAAAGUAAAAGGGCCUUGGUCUCCUGAAGAAGAUGCGAUUCUGAGUCAACUCGUUAGCAAGUUCGGGGCGAGGAAUUGGAGCCUGAUUGCCCGAGGGAUCGCCGGACGAUCCGGCAAGUCUUGCCGGCUCCGUUGGUGUAAUCAGCUCGACCCCGCCGUCAAGCGCAAGCCUUUUACAGAUGAGGAGGAUCAUAUCAUAGUUGCAGCCCAUGCAAUCCAUGGGAAUAAGUGGGCCGCAAUUGCAAGGCUAUUACAAGGAAGAACGGAUAAUGCUAUUAAGAACCACUGGAAUUCUACGCUACGGCGCCGAUGCAUGGAGCUUGACAGGAUUAAGUUGGAAUCUGGCAAUGUAGCAGAAGAUGUUAGCUUGGACAGAAGCAAAGCAUCAUCUGAAGAGACUCUGUCAUGUGGUGAUGUCAGUUUAUUGAACUCUUUGGAAGCAAUAGACAUUAGCUCUUUGGGAAACAGGAAUGAUCACUAUGAAUACAGGGCACAAACAAAGAAUCAAUUCAGUCACGAAGCAAAUAAUCUGACAACUCUUUUCCGUCCAGUGGCACAUGUUGGUGCUUUUAGUGUUUGUCCUUCAGGUAGCCUUGAAACUACUUUUUCAUUACGAACUUCAGUUCCUAUGCAAGGGCCUCUGAUUCAACCAUCAAAGCAAGAUGCUGUGAUCUACAAAUUUCUUGAAGGAAAUUAUGAACAGUUGGUGCCUCACCAGUGUGGCCAUGGUUGUGGGACUCAAAGCUGUGGAAACCCCACUAAAUCACUGUUGGGUCCAGAAUUUGUGGAAUAUAUAGAAUCUCCACCCUUUUCAACUCAAGAAUUGGCUGCAAUUGCCACCAAUAUAAGCAAUAUUGCUUGGCUCAAAUGUGGGUUGGAGGAUAGCAGUUUGAAAGGCAUGGAAGAUGAAACCUGGCAGAAUAUUUGAGAACAGUAUAAAGAAUGAGCAUUGGGAAAGAGCAAGUUACUGGGCAUGAUGUCAAUCCCAAUCAUUAAGGCAACCCAUGUGACUGCCAGCGAAGGUCGGGGGCUCGAGUUGUAGGUAUUUUUUAUUGCAUUUCACAUUAGGCUGUAAUGUAUGAUCUGGGAGAGGGUUUGGGAGUGAAGGGAAUCCCAUAUAUCCUGUUAAUAGGCGUUGCAUGUUUAGAUCUGGACUUCCUGAAACAUCGCACUUAGAAGUCAAAAAAAUGAAAAAAUAGAAAGAGAAGAAAAA